AUGGAUCCAUGCCAACACGAACAGCAUGAAGCACAUAAGGAAUAUGCCGCGUUGUGCCAACUACCAGGUUUGGAAGCAACUUUGCAAAGUUUGGGUGUCGAAGCAAAUGCUUUCUCAUGCAGCACGCAGCCGUCGGCAGCACGAAUGGCAAUCACAUGUUGCCGAGUCUUAAGGCAGGCAUUGCCCCAGGUCAUGCAUGAGGCGGGUGAGCCUAGUGAGACAAGACGACUCUUGACAUCCUUCAGUGAGCGCUAUGAGCAGUUGCUUGAGGAACAUAUGGGACUGCAGCGCAAGUGCCGAGAUUUGACUUCAAAGAACGUGAAGUUUGAAGCCUUAGCCCAGCAGGCAGAGGCCUGGCAGAGCGCCCAUCAAGCAGCCAUCGCCAGGAUCGAGGAGCUCUCUUCGGAAAAUGCAGACCUGAAGGAGCAGGCAAAGUUGCUCAAGCAGCAAGGGAUAGACCCAAAGGAGCGCUUGCAUCUGCAGCAGCGGCUCAUACAGAAAGAUGCAGAACUCCAGGCUUCCAUGCAUGCCAUGCGCAAAUUGGAGGAGGUCAUGGAGGAACAGAAUGCAUUGGUCGAGCAGAAUGCCAGUUUGAAACGGGAGCUGCGUGAGCUGCUCACCAGAGCAGAGGAAGCUCGAGAAUCACCCAAGGUAACCUCCGUAGCGCCUGAAACGAAUAAUAAUUUCAACCAGCUCUCAGACCUUUCUGCCAGAUGCCAUGCAGCAGAGACCGAGCUUAAAGAGACGUCUGCAGCCUUGGAGUUCUUGCUGAGGGAGAAAGGGCGCAGGUUGGAGGACGAAGAGUUUCUAGUAGAUCGCAGGCUUGUUGCCUCCAUGCUUUCAUUAUAUCACGAGCACCUGGCGUCUGGGCAGCGAGCCCUGGCUGAGCAGAUUCUGGCGCAAGCACUGUCCAUCCUCGGGGUGCCAAAGGAAGCUCAGAGGAGCCAAAGAUCAGCAGCUCAAGCUCGCUUAGCUGAACCACUUGGAGAUGCAUUCCUAGAUUUCCUGGAAAAGGAAGCCACAGAGUCUGGGACGGCAAUUCAUGCAGCAGGCGAGCAGACCUUGACAGGAUCUACUCUCCUCCAGCCUGUUACGGAGACAAAGCAUUCAUCUUGA